UGCAGCUUCUGAGCAUGGAGUCUUGUUGCUGACUUUAUCAUAUAAACAUCUGCAGAAAGAUCAUGUGUCCCCUCCUCCUACUGCUCAUUCUGGGGGUAUCUGGGGCUUACUGUGGCAGUCACAUGCUGCAGUAUUAUUACACUGCAGUCUCAGAGCCAGGACAUGGGCUGCCUGUGUAUGUUGCAGUUGGUUACGUGGAUGAGAUACAGAUAAAGAAAUAUGACAGUGACUCUCCCAGAGCCCGACCUGCUGUUCAGUGGAUGGAGACGGUUGAGGGGGAUCCUGGUUACUGGGAAGGACAGACACAGAUCAGCAAAGGCAAUGAGGCUGCAUUCAAACACAAUGUGAAGACAGCGAUGAGCCACUUCAACCAGACAGCAGGUUUUCAUUCUGUGCAGCUGAUGUACGGCUGUGAGGUGCAUAAUGACGGCAGCACCAGGGGGUAUCAGCAGUUCGGUUAUGAUGGGAGAGAAUUCCUCACCCUGGAUACAGACAGAGGGAUCUAUGUUCCUAUAAUGACUGAGGCUCAGAUCACUACACAGAGAUGGAACAGCCCAGAGGUCGGUGAGGCUGAGAGAUACAAGAAUUACCUGCAGGGGAGCUGUAUCGAGUAUCUGAGGAAAUACAUCAGUGCUGGGAGCGCGGAGCUGGAGAGGAAAGUUCUCUCACAAGUGAAGGUUUCCAGUCACCAAUCAGACACUGUGACAAAGCUUCACUGCCAGGUGUACGGUUUUUACCCUAAAGCUGUGGAUGUCAAGUGGGUGAAGAACAGAGAAAUCGAUUUAAUGUCAGAGGAGGCAGCACAGGUCCUCCCCAACCCUGAUGGGACCUAUCAGCUCAGGGUCACUGUGGAGGUGAUACCUAAGGACGGGGACAGUUUCUCCUGUCAUGUGGAUCACAGCAGCCUGAAGGAGCCACUUACUGUGCUUUGGGAACCGAAGAAAGAUUCCCAGAGUUAUAUCUACAUCAUUAUUGCUGUUAUCCUGCUUAUCGCUGCUGCUGCUGCUGCUGGAUACUUUGUGUACAGAAACAGAAAGAAUUCCUAUAAAGCUGCUGCUACUAAUGAUCCUUCACCGGCCUCGUCCACUGCCUAAAUGGCCACAAGUCACACACAGACAAGUGACGUGCUGACGCAUCCGCCAGUAACUGAGUGGGAGGAGUCACACAGACAAGUGACGGGCUGACGGAUCUGCCAGUAACUGAAUGGGAGGAAUCACAUCCCUUCCCGUGUGCGCUGUGUGUUAAUAUCACUCCGGCACAUACAGCUGACUGUGUCACAUACACAUCUGUAAUACGCCGCUUCUACAUUAUACACAAUUGUUUUACUGUCAUUUUACUACUUUCUCUUAGCUUAAUAUACAGUAAAUUCAUCACACACACAAUAAUGUUACACUGUAUGACUCAUUCAGUACAUAGUUCAUUCAUUUACUUGCUUAGCUGCAAUAGGGAGAACUGAGAUAGGUUUGUAAAUGUGUUUGAUAAAUUAUAAUGUUAAUGUAAAUAUAGUGAUUCUCUUUAAAGUUGCAGUGUUUUUCUUUACUAUGUAGGACUUCCAAUCAUUGGUGCCAAAAACUAUAGAAUUAAAAGAUACAAUUUCCAUAUCCCAUAUUUCCCCUAUAUUUCAUAUACAUCAUAUAACAACAAUGUGAUCCCCUCACCCCUAUAAUACUAUACAUGUGUUAUAAAAACCAGACCUCGAGCUCUGGCAGCACACAAUCUGUUAUGUAUUAUAUUUAUUAUAUUGUUGUCAUUGGAGCAGAUUAAUUUGAGACCAUUAUGGCCAAUCAUUUGCAAUAUUUAGCGCUGCGGAAUCUGUUGGCGCUGUACAAAUAACCGAUAAUAAUAAUAAAACAAAUAUUUAUUUAAAUAGAAUGUUUCACAAUAUACAAAGAGUUAUUUUACCCACAGGUUAGGUCAUCCAUAGAUAUAUUAAUGCUAUACUAUAUCUUUAAGUAUCAUUAGUUUAGAUUUUGACAAUUUAUUUGGUAAAAAUUUGGUUGAAUAUUAAUUUAACCACCCUGUUCUCUAACAUUUUACUGGGGAAAGAGCAGGUUCCCUAUCUGAGAAUUCUCAAGUCCUGAGACACAAACUGACUCGGUUACAUCUGGUCGGUCUCCAACCCUCAAGGGUAAACAUUGUGCAAAUCAUUUACUAAUCAAUAUUACUGACCCGAGACCAAGAGGGUUCUUAGCCAGGAAUUGUGCAUCACUUCUGAAAGUACUUUUUACCUGAUUCUUUUUCUAUUAAAUAAAUAAAAAUAUUUUUAAACAAA